AUGGGAGUGUUGAGAAGGAAGGUAUUCUUCAGGCAGCUUGACAAUUUGCUACGACGCUGGCUAGAAAUCGGGAUGAAGGAAGGGGGGAAGAAAUCGGGGGGUAAAUUGAAGGAAGACGGACAUAACAGUCUAUCAAAGGAAUCCACGGCUCCUCGCAAAAAGGAAACUGCUACUUUAUAUCUGGCUUGGGGCCUGGGACAACAAAUCCCACUGUACAAUAAAGUCUGGAAGCAGUGUGCGGUACCAGCUGGGAAAGAUGUUUCCAUGCAUGCCUUGCCACAAGAUUUCAUUGAAAAGCAGAGAGCGUACUUUGCCGAGAUUGAUGCAUUUGAACUGCCAGAAGAGGAGGUCGAUUCAGUAGAUUAG